AUGCUACCUCAUGUGGUGUUGGACACCUUAAGAAGUGAAGAAUUUUUUGAUGGUGAUAUUGGUGAUAGAGUACAAUUUACAGAGGUGAUAAGCUUGGACCCUUCAACCUUUAAAAAAGUACCAUGCCUAAGAUUGCUUAAACUACUGAAGAAAAAUUCGCAAAUUGAAUUUGAAUUCCCUCGUGGUCUUGAUGGCACUUUUCCCGAUAAGCUUAGAUUCUUGGAAUGGUACUACUACCCUUUGGAAUCUUUAGGGUCAAAUUUCACACCGCAUAAUCUUGUUCAUCUUAGUAUGGUUCGAAGCCAACUUAAGAAACUGUGGAAUGAAACUCAGGAUGUUAACAACUUGAAAUAUGUCAAUCUCUCUCACUCAAAGAAUCUGACUUGUUUUCCAAAUCUCUCUAAAGCAAAUCUUCAAAUGCUGCGCCUCCAUGGUUGUACAAGUUUAGUUGACCUUCCCCCGUUAAGGUUUCACAACAUUCUUGAUAAUGCAGAGAAAGAAUUUGAAGUCAUGCACAAAUAUAAUUGUUUAAUGCUACAAUUUAUAAAUCAUAAGGUGUAUGAUGAGCAUAAAAGCAUUCACCAGAAUGUGCAGAAUGUUCGACAUUUGAAAAUAGAAUCUGAUGUGUUCAUGAAUAUAAUCCCAUCCCUAUUGGACUAUGUGUGGACAGACGGGGCCUAUAGUUGCUUGCUUGAUCUCAAAGGGUGCUCCAACCUCAGAAGUCUUUCAGUGAUGUUUGGUAAUAUAAAAUUCAUAUGUUUGCGUUCAACUGCAAUAAAAGAAUUGCAUUCCUCAAUUGGCAAUCUCAAAAAUCUUCUUGUGCUUGAUCUCUGUAAUUGUAAAUGUAUCAAGAAUUUUCCAACUAGUAUUCGUAAUUUGGAGUCAUUGGAAUACCUAGAUAUGUUUGGAUGUAAAUCCAUUGAAAAGUUUCCCGAGCUUCCAAAAAAUAUAAAAGGACUAGAUUUGAGUAGAACAUCAAUACAACAAGUGGAUUCAUCAUCCUUUGAGUGUCUACCUUGUCUCCAUAUUUUAUACAUGAAUAGUUGUAUAGAGCUUGAAAGCCUCCCAACUAGCAUAUGUAAGUUGAAGUCUCUUGUGAGACUAGAUCUUGGAAAGUGCUCACGAUUGAAAAGUUUUCCAAAAAUCUUGGAGCCUAUGGAGAAGCUAGAGAAGCUUAAUUUAAAAGAAACAAGGAUUGAAGAGAUGCCAUCAACAAUAGAGAAUCUUGUUGUGCUUGAUCAUCUAAGCUUGUGCAAUUGCAAAAAUCUCAAGUGUAUUCCAAUCACCAUUUGCAAGCUGAAGUCUCUUACAGAAUUACAUAUUCGUCGUUGCUCACAAUUGAAAAACUUUCUAGAAAUAUUGGAGCCUAUGGAGAAUCUAGAGGAGCUUCAUUUAGAUGAAACAGGGAUUGAAGUGCUACCGCCAUCAAUUGAACGUCUAGUCCUAGUGAAACCAUUGCUAGUGAAUUACGUGGAAAAGUUCAAAAUUCCAAGUGCAGAAGUUCUUGCCCUAUCACAAGUAUAA